UUUUCGUGAGGGGAGUAUCACUAGAUUGCUCGCAGGAACUUUCUUAUUUACAUUUGUUUGUACGAUUACGCACCUACAAACUCACCUUAAGUAGGUAUUACGAUCGUGUGGGCUUCGAUAGAGGUAUGCAAGCACGAGUAUAUAUGGGACAAGUGGUGAAAUCCAUUAACGGAUACGCACACGAUGUGUUACCUUUCUACUUAAUACUGACAGGAACACCUUUAUGUAAUAUUCACUCAUCAAAUUGAAAAAUUCGGUACCUCGUAAACAACAAUGUCGGAGACUUCACCGGAAGAUAAUUUAGAAUGGAUUCGUCAAGUGCGUGAUGGACUCUAUACUAACGUUCCUGAGACAUUUUUAGAAAAGGCAAAACGCAAAACGAAGGAAAAUCCUUUAGUACCAAUAGGUACUUUGGCAACUAUAUCUGCUCUUUCUUACGGCCUCUAUAGUUUUUCCAAAGGAGAUAGAGUAAUGUCUCAAUACAUGAUGCGCGCACGAGUAGGCGCGCAAGCAUUCACCAUUUGUUGUAUGGUCGGUGGAUAUAUUAUUGCAGUCAGAAAGCAAGAAAAAUGAACAAUUCCAACCAAGAAAUUUAUAUCCAUAAUUUGUAUCUGUAAUGCUUAAUAUGUGCAACAUUUAGUCUUGUCUAAUCACUAAAAUAUUUAUGAAUUUUCUCGGGUAUAUUAGUUUAAAAUUUUACAUUAAAAUGUAUUUACUGAUUAUUCCAUUUAAAGGAAUAUAUAAAUAAUCUGUUUAAAAUAUAUAAAUGUAUAAUUGCAUGUAAA